GCGGAGCCGGAGGGCCGGGGCGGAGCGGAGUAGUCCGCAGAGAAGCCCCUCCCGGCCGCGGCCGCCGACCCCGGCCCCCGGCCCCCGGCCCCUGGCCCGGCCUGGCUCUAUGGACAGGAGCUCGCUGCUGCAGCUUAUCCAGGAGCAGGUGCGUGGAGAGGUGCGGGGCGCCGGCACCGCCCCCGUUGCCGGCCCUCCGCCCUUGGGUGCGCCGGGGGGACGGAGCUCUGAGACCCUCAGCGCAGCCCCUUCCCUGCACGACCUUGGCCCCCUGCACGAGACCCCAGGAAAGGGCGAGCCAGACUAGGGCGCUUGGGGAGGGGCAAGAGGGUUGGUGAUUGCCCUCAGACCUUGGCCCUACCCUUCCAGGAUGGGCAAGGCAGAAAUGAGGUGGGGAGACCGCUUGGAGAGCUAGCGGAGCUGGAGGCCGGGGACCUAGGUACCGGUGCCUACAGCUAGCUCCUGGGACCAUGUGGGCACAGGGGCCUAGACCCAGGAUGCUCGGAGCCUGCCUCUCCCUCCUGACGUGGCUCAGCCCUGUGGUCGUGGGGCCCGGCCCAUCCUCAGACCUUGGCCGCCGGCCCCCCGACCCCAGCAGCUGGACCCUGAGAACACAGGCUUCAUCGGUGCGGACACCUUCACUGGCCUGGUGCACCGCCAUGAGCUGCCCCUGGACCCGGCCAAACUGGACAUGCUGGUGGCCCUGGCCCAGAGCAACGAGCGGGGCCAGGUCUGCUACCAGGAGCUGGUGGACCUGCUUCAAGCGGGCCAUCGCCAAUGGACAGCGGGCACUGCCCCAGGAUGGGCUGCUGGACGAGCCAGGCCUGGGUGUCUACAAGCGGUUCGUGCGCUACGUGGCCUACGAGAUCCUGCCCCGAGAGGUGGACCGCCACUGGUACUUCUACCGGCACCGCAGCUGCCCACCCCCCGUGUUUAUGGCUUCGGUCACCCUCGCCCAGAUCAUCGUGUUCCUGUGCUACGGGGCCCGUCUCAACAAGUGGGUGCUGCAGACCUACCACCCUGAGUACAUGAAAAGCCCCCUCGUAUACCACCCCGGCCACCGUGCUCGGGCCUGGCGCUUUCUCACCUACAUGUUCAUGCAUGUUGGGCUGGAGCAGCUGGGGUUCAACGCACUCCUGCAGCUGAUGAUUGGGGUGCCCCUGGAGAUGGUGCAUGGCCUGCUCCGCAUCAGCCUGCUCUACCUGGCUGGUGUGCUGGCAGGCUCCCUGACCGUCUCCAUUACUGACAUGCGGGCCCCUGUGGUGGGGGGCUCCGGCGGGGUCUACGCCCUGUGCUCUGCACACCUGGCCAAUGUCGUCAUGAACUGGGCUGGGAUGAGAUGUCCCUACAAGCUGCUGAGGAUGGUGCUGGCCCUGGUGUGCAUGAGCUCCGAGGUGGGCCGGGCCGUGUGGCUGCGCUUCUCCCCGCCACUGCCUGCCUCGGGCCCACAGCCCAGCUUCAUGGCACACCUGGCGGGCGCAGUGGUUGGUGUCAGCAUGGGCCUGACCAUCCUGCGCAGCUAUGAGGCGCGCCUGCGAGACCAGUGUGGCUGGUGGGUGGUGCUGCUUGCCUAUGGCACCUUCCUGCUCUUCGCCAUCUUCUGGAACAUCUUUGCCUACGACCUGCUGGGUGCCCACAUUCCCCCGCCACCCUGACAAGAGUUCCCAGGGCCACACCAGCCAGGGCGCAGCAUCUGUGGGCCAGCCACUAGGCAGGCCUGCAUGUUCAUCCUCUGUGAAUGUAUGUCUUGAGGCUGCUUCUUCCUGGUGGGGGCAGGUGGCCCCUAUGGCCCACUGACUCCAGGCCAAGCCUUACACCAGCCCUGGCCGUCCCCUCCCAGGCCUGGAGGGAUAGGACUGCUGGACUGGGCUGAGUGGUGGAGGUCCUCAAGGGUGGCCCCAGAGGAGACCCUGCCCUGGCCUCUCCCAUGAGACUUGCAGUCUGACCCUUUUUGGAGAAUGAAUAAAUAUUUUACACAGCACCAGGUGGCUGUACUGGGGCACUGCGGGCUGGGCUGGUCUCCCCCCAACUCACUGAUCAAACUGUGAGGGCCCUUCCCUCCACACAAGCAGCAGCCUGGGCUU